ACCACACACCAAGAUGUCAAAGAAAUCGCUAGUAUUUGUGACCGGGAAUCAAAACAAGCUAAAAGAGGUAAGAUCUGAGUUUUUCUAAAUUUUAAAGGAAGCUUUGAUACGUGUCCAGCUUCUUCCUUAAUCCUGCUGCCGUUUAUUUCCCAGCUGUUUAUUGGUUUACCUGGCAGUGAGUCGUGAAAGUUUCUGUUGCACAAACACAUACAGCUUAAUGUUAUGUAUAUCAAAUGCGGUUCAAACGUGGAAUGUUCCACCAGCGAUCAAGCGAGCCUCGAGCUCGCUGAGGCCAUUUGAUCUCAUCCAUAUUUCAGUUGAGAAAUCGUAAAAUUAGAAUGUUACUGCUUGGAACAGGGAGAUUCUCCAUCACUGGGCGCAGUUCUUUUGAAUGUCAUAGGUCUUAAAUGUUUUUUUAUUUUUAUUUUAUAAGGUGGUAGCAAUUUUAGGGGAGGCUUUUCCAUGGAAAGUGGAGUCUAAAAACAUAGACUGUAAGUAUCAAAAUAAUUAUCAUCAUUAAAGGUUAUAGCUGCAGCUAAUGUUAAGGCUGUAUAUAAUGGAUUUGAUUUGUACCAUUGUUUUAUGCUGCCCUUCUUCUAAAAAAAAGAGCAAGGUGUGGGGAAACACACCAGCAAUGCAUAGUACAGGUGCAAGCAUGUAGUCAUUAAAAUCCUUAUUUACUGGGAUAUCAACUCAGGUGACAAACUGAAUUUUGCUUGCACCUAGUGGGGGGAGCAAGCUAGGGAAUUGGUGCAGUGGUGAGAGCACUCAUGCACUUCCCACUAAUGAUGCCAGGGUUCAAAUCCUGGCUUUAACACCAUGUGUGGGUUGAGUUUCUUGUUGGUUCUCUCCUUUGCUCCAAGAGGUUUUUUCUCCGGGUACUCCGGUUUUCCCCUCUCUUCAAAAACUAACAUUUCCAAAUUUCAAUGUAACCGGGAAAGGUAGACAAAGAACCACUCUGUGGAAGGGUUACCUGUAAACUGUUAAGUUGUGUGCUUGCACUGAUCAGCAUUCAGAGCAAUUCAACUGACAAAAAUUCUGAUGUUUGUGUCUCUAGCAAUAACCUGUCAGGCUUUAUGAAUAUCGAAACAGCCCUUUCCCUACUAAAAAUUCAAAGGUUUGGCUCUUAAAUUAGUUGCCGUAUUAAUAGUGGCCAAUUAUUAAGAUACACGUUAUUUCUACGCAGUAGUUUCAGCAUAUCACAAUAUGUAUGUACAUACAAAUGAUAUAUUUUACUAUUUUUAUAGUACCUGAAUUUCAAGGUGAACCUGAUGACAUAUCAAGGGAAAAAUGUAAAGUUGCAGCUAGAGAGGUUGGUAAUUUUAAAACCAUAGAAAUGUAAAAAUAGAAAAAAAAAGAAUGUGAAGAAUUUUUGUCACGUUUACAAGGUUUAUACAAAAUCUUGCAUUCUUGAAAAAGUCUUGAAUUUAAAUUUGCAAUGCAAUUUUCCAGUAUGGAAAAAUGGUAAAAAGUCUGGAAGUUUUUUUCAAAGCUACGACAAGUGAUUAUAAGUUAAUUUUUUUUCCUUUGCUUGGUCAAUCCCAUUCAAAUCAUUCAAUCUCUCCCAUAGCCAAGACAUUCAAUCACAGAAUGAGAAGUUUCAGAACUCUCUUAAUUCCGCAUCGCACCAUGGUUACUGUACCUUAUAAUUAUCGGUGCAUCAUCUGUUGAUCACCUAUUCAAUAACCUUUAGUCUAAUUAAAAAGUAACUUAUUAUUUUGGAAAAAGUCUGGAUUCAAAAAAGGUCUUAUACCUGCCAACUCUCACGCCUUAGGCGUGAGUUUCACGCCUGUGGGUUGAAAACUUCGAUCUCACACCGGCUCACGCUUGCGGGCCAAUUUCUCACGCCUGAUUGAAAAAUGUGAGUUGUUGCCAUCUUGCUUGACACAAUUUCCAAAAAUAUGUUAACUCAGACCCAUGUAAGGAACAAAAACCAUGUGUAAAAUGAAUAAAUGACAAUACCUUGACCUUCCUCGCGAUCUCUGAUUUUGUGGAUAAGCGUUUUCUCGAUAACUUCACCUUUGGCAGACUUCGGACGUCUUCGGACUUCUUCGGGGAUCUUCGGAAAUGAUCGUGUCGUCUUCAAUAAUCCCAGCACUCCUAGUAUAAAAAUCUCACGCUUAUAUCUCAGAAAAAGUUGGCAGGUAUGAGGUCUUGAAUUUUGGAUCCAAAACUCAACUGCCCAAACCCUGCUUUUGACUCAUAUUUUAGAACUUGAAAGAAAGUGAAUUACUGCAGUCAGUUACCUAUAGUUGUUUUGUUUACAUUUGUCAGAUUCAGGGUCCAGUGAUAGUUGAAGACACUUGUUUAUGUUUUUCUGCAUUGGGAGAUCUUCCAGGACCUUAUGUGUGAGUUACUGGUACACAAUCAGUAUAAUUUUUUACUUGUGACAUUGGCUGUCUUUCACUUCCCUUGCAUAUUUCUCUACUCAAUUGUUGUAUUUUCUAGUUAUCUACUCUUAUAAAAACUUAACCUUUGUCAAGCUCUUUAUAUUAUUGGGUUCUUAAAGAUUAUUAUUCUCAUAUUGACCCUUCUCAGGAAAUGGUUCUUGAAGAAAUUAGGGCCUGAAGGUAGGCUUAAGGUGCAUUGCCUUACUUUGUCUUUGUUAUCACUUGUAUUUAAAGUAUGAAUGAUUAUUUUAUCCACUGUCUGACUUGCCUGUAUCCUCAAACAAUCACUUUUCAUGACCCAAAUUUGAGGUAUACUAAAUUUGCAGUGAGUUAACCUCCACUCUCAGAAGUUCCAAUAAAAGUCAGUUGCUCACUUACUUCCAAGGGGAGCUGAGAAUUGCGACCCAGCAUUGUUGAACUGUCUGAGAAUUAGGUUAGCACUGAGUUGGUUUAAAUCAGUCAAGCCAGUGGAUUAGUGGUGUGCUGAUGUCAGAGCUUUUUCUUCAUAAGGACAGAUAGAACAGUUUAAGAAUUUUAGUCAUCACAUGGUGGCUUUGUAAGUUAUUAAUCAGUGAGGAACAGUAACUGUUGUGGAUGCACCAGAUGACAUCUAAUAUGGCUGUAAACAUUAUUAAUGUCGGGCUGUAAGUGUGUUGUUAAGUGCUUGUUCAUCUUUAUACUUGAUGACUUACAUUAUUAUAUGUCUGUUAAGUGCAUCAAUUAGAUGACCAAAUCAGAUGACUUUUGAAGCAUCUGCGUAAUGGUUUCCCUGAGAUGUCUUAAAUGUCUUCCAGUAUAAACUAAGCCAUGUCUGAAUUGCCACUUUGCACAGCCUAUUUCUUUAAUAUUUAUUAUCACUGAAACUUGCAUAACUAGAACCUUCUUCAGUUUCCAAGAAUUAUUCUAGUAUACAUUUAAUGUUUGGUUUAUUGGCUGGGAUUUAGUGGAAGACCUACCAGAGUCUGUUUGUUUUUAGGUUUGCACAGACUCUUAACAGGCUGGGAAGACAAGUCUGCAUAUGCACUCUGUACAUUUGCCUACUCAGCUGGAAAUCUAAAGGACCCUGUCAUGCUAUUUAGAGGAAAGACAAUGGUAUUACACCAGAGACUACAUAAUCUCACUUACAUUUUUAGCAUUUGUACCAGCCACCUUCUCAAAGUAAAACAGAAAGAGAGCAUAAAAAAGAUAUUAUUAGUCAUUGUACAUUAAAAACUAUAAACACUUGUAUCCCCGGUGUAGUAAGAGUUUCCGUUUGAGUUUGUUUCAGAAGUUGGAAUGCGAAUGAAAUAAAAAGGAAUAAAUUAAGGUCAGGGCUAGGCUCCUGAAACAUAUUCCUUAAUAUUUCAGGGUUCAGUUAAUUUGUAGUUUGUAUAUAGUAAAUACCAGAUAAAUGUUUGUUAACAUUUACUCUCUUUAAAAUCAAAACGUGCAUCACAUAACUGCAGCUUAACCCAAAAAAUCAGCAAACUAUUAAAGGAAGCAUCUUUGUGAUGCUGAACCCCCAGAAGGAUGGAAAUUCUUGGUGAUCACUACUACUGAUUUUGACUUCAUUAAUUUCUUAAAGUUAACUCUUGCAUGUAUGUAAUGCCUAUUUUGGUUUCACCAUUAUUGUGUUUUAAUUCAAUGGCUUUGCCAAUACAUUAUUUGCACUUGUCUUAACUACAUUGUAAUGAACUUCUCUUCUUUAAAGGGUAAAAUUGUUGAACCCAGAGGUCCAAGGAAUUUUGGAUGGGAUCCUUGUUUUCAACCUGAUGGCUUUGAUCAGACGUGAGUAUAAUAAUACUGAUGAAGUCCAAAUUAAUUUUGAGGAAUUUUUGCAUUGAUUAGUUAUGAUUUGUUUGAACUUUUGAUUUUACAGGUAUGCAGAGAUGCCAUCAGAAAUAAAAAAUUCCAUCUCUCACAGAGGCAAGGCUCUCAAAGCCUUAAAGGAGUACUUUGAGGAUGCAAAGGCCAAUGAUGACUUUCAGGAACCAGAAAAUAAGAGACCAAAAAACUUUACUGAUACAAAAUAA